AUGAUCGUCGACGGCGAGAAAUUUGCUUGCGAAGCAUGCAUUCGUGGCCAUCGUACGGCCCAGUGCCAGCAUACGGACUCAGAGAGCUGUCUCUGCUUCCGGGAUAAACCUUGUACAUGCGCCUACAAGACCAAAUCCCCAGAAGAUGAUGCGAUGUCGGAAAAGAGAUCUAGAGGGAGAAGCACACCUCUAUCUGAGUCUCGCGAAUCUCCUGGAAAGGGCGGAGAACUGACCCCUCUUACGCCCUCAACAGCAUUCAGUGACACUGGGCAAACUCCACGGAGUAUCGCGGUCGGCAAUCCCCAAGGACCAUUGGCGCAAAGCGUCCGAGAACUAGAUAGCCUGGCUAUGGCAAACCCGUUGGGGAUGCUGGAUAAUACUCCUACAACUGAGGGCCUCCCUACCCCGAGCCCGCCCGUCGACGACGCUUGGAUGAAGCUUUGGAGUCUUUUUCCUGACCUGAGCGAGAGCUUCAUCUCACCCGAGUUGCAGAUCCCAGAUGGCUCCUUGCCAGUCCUUGAUCCCUCCACCUUGCCCGACACUUUUGCCGUGCCUGAGGGAGUGAAGCAUGAUGAACCUCCCGGGCUGCUGAGUGCGGCUCCAGCCCCGUUAAGCGCCCGCGGGGUAUCGGGUGAAGCCUACAACGAUCUCGUCGAAUAUACAACGGUCUUCGACUUCCCUUCUUUUGGACAAUCAUCUCUCUCAAACACCACCCAAUCGGGUGCUGCAGAUAUCCCAUUAGUGGAGGGACUUGUUAGGGACGAGAAUGAUCAGGAAACCCAAGUUAAUGAUGCAUCUAAUCUCGACGCAGAGGCCAUAAUGCAGCAGAUAUUUGCUUCGAGUUACGGAACCAAUCCCAUGUAG